AUGGACGCUUCGUCGAUUGCGCGACCUCGCAAGCAUUCUCGGGUGCUCACCGCAUGCGAUGCCUGUCGUCUCAGUAAGACUCGAUGUGAUUCCGCACGGCCCGUAUGUGCCAAAUGUAUCCAGCGGGGUGUAGCGUGCGAGUAUCCGGAGACGGAUGCCAUCUCAGUUCUAGAGACAUGGGGCGCAAGAAUUCUAGACGCAGUAGAACGUCAAGAGCGACUUCUGUCGGAGAGCCUGUCGUUGAACAUGGGGCCUCCUCUCCUUUCACAACGGGCGUCGCCAUCCCCAGUGGACGAAGUAGAUCCCGAGUCAAUCUCGCGCAAUGAUGCGCCCAAGACGCCGAUCACCGGGUCAGACAUGAUUCUCAGCUGGCCGAUUUUUCCCAACGAGAAGCCAGUGUCAACUUUUCCCAUGGCAGCGUAUGCCGAGAAGCCGGAUCGAUUUCAGACGGCUCUCCCAAGCUUAGAUCCGCAACGGCUCCUCGAACUGCGCGAGAUUUUUAUGACCAAGAUCUGGACCAAGAACCCGAUCGUGGACCGGGACCAGCUGGACUCGUAUAUCGCUCGAGUGCUGGAAAACGGCAUUGACUGGUCCGCCUCGUCGUGCUUGGUACUCCUUACCUUUGCGCUCGCAGCCAUCUGGGGGAAUUAUCCCGACGACGAGACCCGCGAGGUCUCGUAUAGUGAACCGUCCUUUAGUCCACCGAUCACUUACGUGACGAUGUCGGUUCCGGAGCACCGACUGAAGGAAUCGUUGACCUUCCUCUCCAUGGCGCGAAAGCGCAUUUCCACUGCGUAUCUUGAUGAUACCUUACUGGGAGUGCAGUGUUUGUGUCUAUUCGGAAUUUGGUAUCAAUAUAACAUCGAGCCGAUUCCGGGCUGGAAAAUGUUCCGAGCGGCAUCCAUGCUAUGGCAGACGUAUCGUUUGAAGCACCGCGAGGGAAAGGCGAUCAGAAGUGCGCAGGAGGAGAGUCUGGAGCAGCGACUCUAUUGGACAUGUUUAAAAUCCGAAUGUGAGGUUCGAUAUGAACUGACGGAUCUCCCGCCCUGUGACCUGAGCCUCUCCGACUUUCCUUAUUCUCUCCCGAGCUUUCCCACGAGACAACCGUCCCAUGACAGCCCUGGAUGGAUGUUUUCCAAUCCCUCAUCCACAGACCUCGAAGCAGCAUCUUCCUAUUACUAUCUAGCCGAGAUCUUCUUACGCAGGCUUCUCAAUAGGGCCCGCAACGCUGUCCGUGUGCUCUCCCCCGAUAUUGAUCUGCCGACCAUCAAGGUUCUGGCAGAAACUCUAACGCAGUUAGAAGGUCAGCUCCAACAGUGGGUCAACUGUCUGCCACCUACACUCCGGUUCAACAUGCCUCUCGAAUCCGCCCCCGGGCCGAAAGAAGGUGAGCUCAUGAAGCUCAGCCGUGAGCGAUACGUCGAGGUCCGCGAGCUGCUCUGCCGCGCAUAUCUAUACCUAUGCAUCCAUGUCCCACUCGACCCCGGGAUGGCGGCGCUGUAUGGGGUCAAAGCAAGCGAGGCGCUACGUUUGGCAAUUUAUCGGAUCCAGACCGAGGUGCCAUUCUUCCGGCAUCCAGGAUCAUGGGGAGCCUGUCGAGUCCGGUUCAACCAUGCGCUUUGCCUGAUUGCAGGAUUCCGCGCCAAGUUGACGCAGCGCCCCUCGGCUGAAUAUGUGAGCAUUCCUCCCGACUGGGCGGACUGUGUGCGGGCGGUGAUUGAGCGAUUGAAGAUUUGGGGCGAGGAGGGCGGCGGGAUCAAGGAGUUGAGUGUGCUACUGGAGUGGUUGAUGCAUGAUAGCUUGGAAUUGUAG